AAUUAGUCAGUGAUAGAGGGGAGGAGAGGAGGAGAGGCGGCGGGUGUUCUGCCGAGGUGGACGUGGCGGGUCCGGCAGAGUUAGCUACAAGUGACGGGCAGCGGAGCCGAACCGAGGCGGACAGCCAGCCGGCCAUGAAGCGGACCACCCGCAGGCUCCUGAUGGUCAGGUGUGCCUGCUGACAUCUUGCCGAUCUUCCACACUGUCAUCGCUUUCCAGAGGACGCUCUCAGGGACUCCCCACCCCCCCAGCCCCUCCUCCUGUGAGGACCAGCAGACUUCACCAGCAGGAGGGGAGUGGAGGAGGAGGAGGAAGAGAAGGAGGAAGAACUUUUUAUAACCUCAGUGAUACCUCAGGUGUUGAAACGGAGAAGGUAAGGAGGAUUAGCUCCACCCCUCACCAUGACAGACUUAGAGACUGAGUGCCUGAGCCUGGGCCUGCCCCCUGAGUGCGGCUCGCCUCCCCCUCUGCUGGAUUCCUCCCUGCAGGUGGACUGCGGCGCUGGGCCCGGCUCAGCCCAGACGCCCACUAUGGCCCUCCUCUCCUCCGACUGUCCCACACCCACGCUCAGUUCACUGGCGGCGGAGAUUGCCGAGCCGCUGGUGAUGCUGCCGUGCGUGAAGAGCGAGCCGGAGGACUGCGACCUGGAGCCCAUCAGGACCGUGGACCUGUCCGAGAUCCAGCCGCUGUCCACUGCCGAGCUGGGCCAGGACCAGAUCAAGAUGGAGAUCAGUGGCCUCGACUACAUAAAAUCUGAACAUCACGGUCACCACGGCAACCACCACCUGGGGCCGUUUCACCACAGUGAUGUCACAGAGCUGGACUACAAGUCGCACUACGAGCCAAGCUCAGUGUUCGACUACAUCUCCCAGGUCACUGACACUCUGGACUACAUUAAGUCGGACCACCACGUGGACCUGCAGUGUUACUACACAACCGAGCUCACCGCCCUCAAGACGGAGUACCCCGACUCCACCAUGUCCACCCACCUGCAGCACAACGGCCUCGAGUCCAUCCACAUGGCCGAGCUGCGUACAGAGCUCAACAAGCUCCGCCCCGACACAUUGCUCAUGGACGGCAUCGGCAAACUGGAUGCCGAGUUCGGAGGGGGGGCGCUGUACGAGCUACAGUCCGCCCAGGAGGGGAAGGCCUCCGCGGAGGCAACGAUGGCAGGACAGGCGGGAGGGAGUCUGGUAAUCACGACUAAAACGCAGAGCCCGACGGUGAGGAAACCUCGCAACAUGCAGGGCGAGAAACCGUUCUCCUGCACGCAGUGUGGGAAAAACUUCAGCACGCUGGGGAACCUGAAAACGCACCAGCGCAUACACACGGGUGAGCGGCCGUACACCUGCUCGCAGUGCGGCAAGAGUUUUGGCCAGGCGGGCAACCUCAAACGGCAUCAGCUCAUCCACACGGGCCAGAAGCCGUACGUGUGCGCCCACUGCCCCAAAGGCUUCACCAAGGCCGACGACCUGCGCUCGCACCAGAGGCUGCACACCGGCGAGCGUCCGUUCAUCUGCACCACCUGCGGGAAGAGCUUCAGCCAGUCCAAGGAGCUGAAGGCGCACCACCUGAGCCACACGGGUGAGCGACCGUACUGCUGCCAGCACUGUGGCAAGAGCUUCACCAAGGAGACGAGCUACCGCAACCACGUCCAGAUCCACACCGGCGAGAAGCCCUUCACCUGCUCGCAGUGUGGAAAGACUUUCAGCAACUCGGGCGUCUUAAAAACCCACGAGAAGAUCCACACGGGCGAGCGGCCGUUUGGCUGCACGCAGUGCGGCAAGAGCUUCGGCCGCCUCGGCCAUCUGAAGGCACACCAGCAGAUCCACACGGGCGAGCGGCCGUACGCCUGCCCCCAGUGCGGGAAGACUUUCAGCCAGUCGGGUCACCUCAAAGCACACGAGCAGAUCCACAAACGAGAGCAAGCGGACACGGCGAGCACCAGCAGCGACGGCGGCAGCAGCGCCGUGGGCAGUGACAGUAGCUAACUGCAAACCCUUUAACCUCCGGAGAAACAAAGUAUUAUUCCUCUUUUUUAUAAAUACGAUAUAUAAAGCUUUUCCUUAUGAGUUUUUCUUACAUUUUCAUACCUUUUGUGCUCUUUUUGCAUUUUAUCUGUGGGCAGGGCGGACUGGCGCAUUUGCUCUUAUGCAAGUGUCUGUGUGUGCGUACACGUUAUAUACUGUGUGUCUGGGUGGGGCGGCGGGUGGGUGGGGCUGUAGAUAAUCUUUAAACUGGACUGACUGUAGAGUACCAGGACUUAUUUUUGGAGAACUUAACAAGCACAAAUACUUCAGAGACCAACAGUUUGAGUACUUCAUUUUUGUAUUUCCUGUUUUUUACUGAAUCAGACCAGCAGCUCCUGACAGACCGUGACCCCAUUUACUGAAACCUGUGCGCAAACGCCACGGUCGCGUCGGCUCGGUACGCUCUAAAGGAACGGUGCAGGAAUGGGAAAAGGGUCUCAAAUCCCAAAAUUCCACUCUGCGGUCCAGUUCUCUUCCCACUAGUGUCAAGCAAUUUACCUCAUGGUCCAACUGCCCCGUGGCAUCACCGAUGACCGAUGGCAGAGGAGCCUACCUUAGGGCUAUCUGCCCUCCAUAAUGUAAAAAUGUGUGGUCCAAGCACACACAAGAGAAACACGCUGAGUUUAUUUCUCCCUUCCAGCAGGAAGAGAUGUUUGCAUGUUGGUACAGGGCCGACUGAUUUCAUCCUGCCAAAAUUGGCAAACACAAGUGGCUGAAUAUCAGCUUGAACUUCUUAACUUGCACCUCCAGUUCUGCUGAUUUGUCCUGUUUCUGAGUAUGAUCUUGAGUCUGCCCCCCCCCAAACACACACACACAGUUUUUUUUCUGUGGGGACAAAAACAGAGAAACUAACUUCUCUGCAGAUAUGCUCCCAUUACAUUCUGAUUUAAAAUGCCCUCCUCCUGUUUUCUCUUAUUUGACGAUCAUGAUGGAUCUGUGUAGCUGCCACACACACACACACACACACACUCGCGCCGUAGCGUGCAGAGGUACAGGCAUGAGCUUGUGUGCACGCCCAGACACGUCCAUGUUGCAAGUGUGUAUAUGUGGAGGUGCAACAUGAAGCUGUGCCUUUGCAGAUCUCAGUGCAAUGAUAUUAAUUUAAUGCAUCAUUGCAUUAAGUUAAUGAGAGACAAAAAUCACCUUGAUUGGUGCUGUUACUGUUAACACUGACAUCACUGAUCCCUGGCAGUGUCAUCCAUCGGCACAGCCCUGUUUCCUACCAAGCGAACAGACCUGUUCACGUCCGGCUCGUGUUGAUGAUGAAAUUAGUUUCUGGUUUAAUAAAUCACUGAUUGUACACGUAGAAUCUCUGACGGCGGUGUUCUGAAGGCCGGCAGGUCUCCUGUCUUAGUUUAUUGCCUCCUUUUCAUGGCUCCUUGGUUUUUUCUGGCAUUGCUGUUGCAGGAAGUUGAUGCUGAAAGGAAAACCUGAAAAUGAGCUAGGUGCAGGCUUCACUUCCUCCUCGUGGUUCUUCCACAGACGGCUCAGUGUGGUUUACAUGGAGCUUUUAUUUUGAAGCUGACUGGACUCUGUGCCAUUUCCUGACCUCCCCAUCUGUUUUGUGCAGCUUGAUGCAUCAUCCUGUGGUACUUUCUGGACACGCUGAUGGAAGCCCUGUGAGUGGAGGGUCUGGUCGGGGUCCCUGUUGAUUUUUUUUCUCUCGAUGGGUGUUUGGUCUGACGUGUUUACACUCCUCAGUUUGUUCUGUCCUCAGAAACUUAAAGCCUGUAACACAGAACGUGUUUUCAGCAAAACAUAUUAAUAUCCCACUGUUCGCGGACUUCCAGCAACAGUUACCAUAAUAACUCUAUGUUGGGUGUGAACUGCAGUUUCUCAGCUUUCAGAAACCGUUUGAAUUUUUCAGACCGGACAAACGGUCGCGUAAUGACGGUAAUUCAAAGUACGUUUAACGUCUCAGCGUUGAUGCGCUCGGUGUUAAAGGCAGGUAUCAGGUGUGUCAGCGGCAACGAGUAAAAAUUAUCACGAUUAUCAAAGACCCCACCCCACUCCUGCCAGUGUUGGUUUUCUCAUUGAUUUCUUCAGGGUCAUCUUGUUGAAGAUGGUCUGGGUUUGCAUCAGAGGUAGCAGGUAUGACAGGUGUAAAAGGUCAUGAGGUCGAGCUAUGGUUGAAAAUAAAGCCCCCACUGUAUUUCUUUCUCAGAUGCACCCCUUCAACCUUGGAUUGACUCCGUUACAGUUUUUAUGGUGUAAAGAGAACAAACGGGAUGUUUAAUCGUCACUGAUUAUUUUUUUCGUUUUAAACGUUCGCUGGUUUUCGGUGAACGGGGUCCGGCCUCUUCAGGUUUGUCCGUUUGUUUUGUCGGCAGUAAAAGUACUUAAACUCAGGCGAGAGUACUUCCUGCCAGUUUACUAGUAUUUCACAGGUAUGGGUACUCGCAGGAAGUUGAUGUACUGUUAAUCUCUUUGAUCAUUUCCACAUUUUAUUGAGCAGUAUUGAUUGAUCGGGACAUGGCAGGUGUCUUUUUGUUGCUGAUGAUAAUCAUGUGACGGUUUUUUAUUUUUAUUUGUUAAACUUGGUUUUUAGCAUCGUUGGGCUCCAGAGGACCAAAACUCAUCAUCAGCACAAAGGAGCCCACCCCCCCCCCCCCCAACCCCCGUCCAGAUCGCUCACUGUGUACAAAUCUAUUGAUUAUGUCAUUCCUACAAAAUAAAAUGUAAUAAAACUACAAACAGCAGCAGGAAGGUGGAGGAGAUUCAACAUCUUGUUCUGGAAGAACGUUAAUAAAGAAACUAA